AUGAGUAGUGAAGUAGGGAAGGUUUGGUGGAAUGUGUUCGAAGAUGUGAGAAAUAUAUUGAAAGAUCCCGAGACACUAAUGGCUGAGAUUAAUAUCGCCAUAAGUGCACUCGAGUAUGCUCGUGCAGAUAAUUUCUUGCAAUCUCAACCUCUCAUUUCAAACAUGGGGACUAAACAGAGAGAGAGUGAGAGAGAGAAAGAGAGAAAGAGAGAGAGAGUACCUCUGUGUGAAGGGCGUUCGCUCUCGACAAGAGAGUGGGAUGCGCCGGCGGAAGAGUCGGAUGUGGUGGCGGAGGCGGUGGUCCUGACGGUGAAGAGCAACCAGAAGGGAAUUUUAAGGCCAAGGAAAAUCAACAUCAACGAAUGA